AUGAACGAACUAAACUCCGCACACCUGUCAAGUAUUACUUUCAUUAAUAGUAAUGGGGUGAUAAUCACUACUGAAAUUAAGGAGGCCAAUAGAAGGACACAAGGAAAUCUCAUAAAUGACAACGAAGGUAACUACACUUUCUGCGAAAAAGAUUUAGAGCAUAUUAAAAACCUUGUUCUAACCUUAAAACCAUUUCACAAAGAAUAUGAAGAUAAUAUUUUAUUUCGCAUAAAAAAGAGAAAAGAUAAGUAUAGGUGUGAAUGGGUUUUAUUACUUAAGACGGUUAGGGAAGAUUUAAUAAAGAAAAAAAAUGGUACCUUCAUUGACAUAAAUGUUAAAAGUGAUCUUGGACAGGUGUGUGAACAACCCGGUCACGUACAUGAACCCAAAUGGGUUCAUGCGAAGGAGGACGAAGUAGAAGAAAAAACCUUCGCCUGUACUGAUAUAAAAGACAUUAUGCUGAAAUACGUUUACUGCGUUACCUACUUCGAUAAUUAUAUUAUCAAAUUAAGAAAUGAAAUUGGCAUCCUGUACAAUUCGGAUAAUGAUAAUUUUUUAAGUCAACUCAUUAAAAUAAAUAACCACUUUACGAAAAAGACCAGGAAAGAAUACGACGAGUUUGUACUUACGAAUCGUCAUACCGAGGGAGAUGGUAAACUUAUUCACCAUGGUGACGCGAAAGUAGGUUUGCUUAAUAGCGAUUUUAGCGGCAUUGGUAGCGGCAUCUGUGGUGGAAACAUUCUUUCCAACGAGAAAUUAAAUAACAUUCGCAGCUGCGGUGAUAACCUUCGAAGUUGUGACCACUGUGAUGGAGCAUCCAACGCGGAUGUGACCCGAACGAGCUGCGAUAACACGGGUCUCGAAUUAAGGCAAAAAAUAUGUGCAAAAAAGAGCGCAUCCAAGUACAACUUGCACAAAGUGUUAAGUACCUGUUCCAAUGUCAACUCGAAUGUCAGCACGUGCAUAAGCGCACGCCCGAACGUGUUGCCCAGCGUGAAUUCGAGCCUAAACUCGAGCGUAACUGGCAGCUUAAAUGAUGACAGGAACGCCGACUCGAUGGCCAAUUCGGGCGACGAUUCGAGCGCCCAUUCAAACACCUACGCUAGCGCUCAUGCCAGCGUUGAGGCAAACGUGGAUGUGACUCCCAAUUACAAUUACAACUACAACAACGAGUACGCCUUGUGCUCAUCGCCCAGAAUGGAAAAUACGCCCAGGGCACGAAACGAUGAAAUAGCUAUAAAAAAUUGUGAUGGGGAAGAGGAGAGGAACUUGAGCUUUUUUAAAAAGCUACUUUACAACAAAUUCGGAUUUGAAAAAAGUAGCAAAUCGAAGGAGAAAAAUAAAAAUGCGAAUUCACAUAAUUUGUCUGUCGAGAAGGAAAAUGAUAAUUAUUCUUUGGAAAGGGUAAGAGAUGAAAUUCGCGAGCUGGCGGAACCCAGCUUGGCUGUACAUGGUGAGGGGAGUCGCUCGGCGGACAUAAGUGGCCACGAUAGAGGUUAUCGCCUUGAAGAGGAAGAUUACCACAAAAGGGAUGAUAACCCCGAAAAAGAACAAAUCGACAAUAGUAAAAGUAGAAGUAACAAUAGCAACGAUUGGCACGGCGGCAAGGACGAAAGCAGUGCACCCGUUAUGAAGCAGAAGGGGAACGGUGACUGUGGCGCUACGAAUGUACAGAGCAGCGUAGAAAGAAGCACAAAGAUUUUAAAAAAAAACAACAAAGGAAAUAAUAUACCUGUGAACGUGGAUAAUUUGAGGAGAGUAUUAGCCAACUUUUUGAAGGAAAAUGGGAUGAACAGAAAAAUGAAUGGGGAGAAAGCAGGUAAAAAUAGGAACUCAACAGAAAGGCAUCAUGACGUACAACAUAGUAACAACAGGAGUUCCGUUUUCCAUGAAAAUGUCCACAUGCUAAAUGAAAUAUCGACGGAUGCACUGCUAAACAUUUUUAACAGGCUGAAUUGCAGUGCUGUGAAGGACGAUUUUCUUCCCCAGGAGAAUGAGCAUCCAGGCAUCCCAUCGUCGAGCAGUUUUCAAAGGUUCGUAGAAGACUCUGCAGAGAUGCACAAAAAGUCGGCACAUAGAAGCGGCAGUAGGAAUGACAUCACUAUAAACGAAAACAGCAUCGGUAGUGGCAGCGCCGCGCAUCAGGAGAAUAACAGAACCCCGGAGGGGGGUGAGCCAAGUGCCGACUUGGAGGAGGAAGCCAACAUAGAAUUAAUCAAAUUAAUUCUGAAGGAACAUAAGAAAAAUAUCUGCAGUAGAGGAGGAGGUGGAAGCUCCACUGAACGGAACAAAAACAUGUUAAGAAAACACUUGCCAUUAAAUGUACACAGAAAGGACUGCAUUGACGAAAGAUUUAAGGAAGGUCAUUCAAAGGAAAAUUUAUAUAUGGGUGAUAAUCUUAGGAAUGAUAGAACGAGGAAUGAUAAAAGGUUCCAUUUUCAUCACCAUUGUCAUCACCGUGAUGAAUCGUUCGAAGAGGGGAAUGGCAGAUUACCCAACGUAGAAGUAAGCGAGGAGGACGAAAUGAAAGAGAACUGCAUGAACGUAAGUGAUCAUGUCAGUAACAAGACCAGUAGAAGAAUCACUAGCAAUGUAACUAACGACAAAGCUAGCACUAGUUGCAGUAGCAGCGCCACCGUUAGUCCUAACAGAGACAAAGUUAUUAACAAAUCGAAGUACGACUCCCCAAGUAGGAAAAGGACGGACUAUAAUAAUGAUCAAGCCGAUUAUGUCCAUUACAACCUGAUGAAUGAAAAGAGAGAGCCCUCACAAAGUACGGAUAAAAACAGGUUAGCAGAUAACUCCACUUAUGAUAGAAUCGCAACGGAUGUAAUAAAAUAUAUGCUGCAGUGUAACGAUAAUCGUAGGAUCCUGAAGACAUGUAUGAACGAUAACACCGAUAAUACAACUACGAGUAAUGACAGCCAUGAGGGAAAUUACGGCAGUGAUGCCUGCCCAAGUAACGAGUAUAACGACAUUUUAAGAAACGCCAUAGCAGAUUUUUUAAAAAAUCUACCCCGCAGUGAAAUAAGCCACUUAGUGGCAAAUAAGGGGGAUAUUUCACCCAAAACUGAUAAUGCCCCUAAAAGUGGCAAAGAUAGUUGGGCACAGGUAAGGAGUGGUAAUGAACCCACUUGCAGCAACAUGGCACAUAUGAGCUUAAACCAAUUGUGUGAACUGGCCCAUGACCAACAUUUUCAAAGCUGCUCUGCAAGAAAUGACACUGAACUUAGGAACCCACAUUGUAAUAACAUGGAGAAUAUAUUAAAUAUGAUAAAAGAAGCAAUGAAAAGUAACCGUGAUGACUUGGGAAAUGUCCACAGUGGCUUACCGCACGGUGGAAGCAGUAGUAGUAAUAAAAAAAAGGUAGAACAGGAUAUUACGAGGAGGGACAUUUCCCCCCCUUCGGAAGGUACAAACCUAGCGGGUAAUAUUGAUUACCAUAAGAAGAGUGAAACGCUACCGAAGGAUGAAUCAAAAAGUAGCUCGAUGGAGGGCGGUGAAAGGAAAACCGAUCACCCAAGUGGCAUUGAAGUUACAAAAAACAACAGCAGUGAUGUGAGCAAUAGUAUAAUCAACAGCGGGAGCGGUAUCCAAAAGAGCUGUAGAGUCAGUAGUAAUAAUAGUGCCCUGAAGGGGGUUCACUCCGAAGCAUGUGAAGAAACAAGCACCAAAAAUUGCAGCAACGCGUAUUAUAGCAAUAACGACACGAAUGGUAGCAGUAAUAAUAGCCAGACAGAUAAUUUUAAUCAUGGGAACGAUACUCGUAACGACAUCAGGCAAACCCUUAGCCUGUUGGAUGAAAAUAUGGACUUAUUGUACGAUUAUUGCCUGCAGGCUUGUAAGAACUCCAUGGCGCACACAAAGAAGGGGUUACAUAAUGAAACGAAUGACGCGACAGUGGGGAGCCUUGAGCCGGAGGGGAAUGUAAACUGCGCAAAUUGCUCCCACCAUGCGGGGCAUGCGAAGUCCAGUAAUGAGGGGCCAGGCCAAAGUCAGAUCAACAAUCUGCUAAGCACCAAGGGAAGCACCAAGUGCGAUAGUAGCAGCCACAACGUGGAGGAACCAAAAAGUGAGAAGGAUGAUCCGAAGGAAAAUGCCAACUACAGCAACAGCUGCAGUAACAACAGCCCACUUAACAACGUUAAUCUGAAUUUUAGUGAUAAUUAUAAUAAUGCAAAAAGCAUCGUGGAUCAAGUGAAUAGCUUCUUUCACAAUUGCCUUUGCAACCUAAAGAGAAUGAACGAUAUGGUCCUGCAGAACAACCUGUCUAGUGCCGAAAAUAAGAAUGAUGGUGGUAGGGACAAUAGCGAUAGCUGCAAUAACCGUAGUAGCGAUUGUGCCAACAGUAGUGGUCAUGUCAACAACAAUAGCGAUCGUUCCAACAACAGUCAGUAUGACCAAAUUUUAUGUCACAUAAAGAACAAUCUCAAAAAUAGACGCAACGCAAAAAGUGUGGACGAACUAUUGAACGAAAGUUUGAAUCCAAAUGAAGAGCAGCACCAACGGUAUCACGAAGGGAACGUCGAAGGGAAUGAUCGAAUUAAUCCUAGCGCUCUGAAGAAUGUGCAGUCCGGCAAUUUGUUAAAUACGAUAAGAGGGAUAGAUGUGUGUGACAGAAAGGUAGUGGAGGAAACUUGUGGGUCAGGUGGGGGGAAGGAUCUAAACAGUGUGAACAGCUUGAACUGCACCAAAGACACCGACAGUGUGGAAGCCUUCCAAAAUUUGGACAGCGACUUUAGUGCACAGAUGAACAAGUAUGAAAAUAACGAAAUACCAAGCAACUAUCAGCAGAGCAUUAUGAAAAUUGUAGAAGAUUUUUGCAACAGGAAGAAAUCGAAUUUUCAUUCCUUUCAAGAGGGAGGUAAUGGUGAAAAAUCCACAGGGGAAUAUACGGAUGAGCAUAUUUUGAGGGCCGUUUUGAUUAACAUGAUAAAGGAACUGUGCACUGCGAAAGGUGACAGCUCCUUGGCUCGGGAGUUAUCUACGUUAAAGAAUACGAGCAGACGAAGCGGCAGCAGGGGCAACGGGUAUAGUGGGCACCCUCGGUAUAAUAGGGGCUACGUCAGACAUGGCAAUCACGGGAAUCGCGAAGAUCACAGCAGGCACAGUAGUCACGCGAGUUGCGAAGAAUACAACCGCCACAGUGAUCAUAAGCGGCACAACCGCCAUAACAAAUAUAUCAGACGCAACAGUCAUAGCAGCCAAGCUAGCAAUGACAGCAAUGGAAGCAAUAACGAGUGCUGCAGUGUCUUUUCCUCCAGUUGUGAUGAAAGGAAGAAACAUUCAUCCAGCCCCCCCAAAAAAAGAAACACAAAUCAAAACAAUACAAGUGCUAACGCAACAUAUAGUAAUUGCCCGAACAGUAUGAACAGCAAUAUCAACUUUCAAACCAGCGCAGACACCUUCAACAAUAUAUACAAUAAUCUUGUUAUAAAAAAUAAUAUAAAUAAUUCUAAUAAUUAUUACGGUAAUUAUUGCCAGAAUAAUAUUAUCAAUAUUAAUAAUUGUGGGGGGAACAAUUAUUUUUAUAAUAACGGGAAGGUCAGCAGAAGCGAAAGCAACGUUUUGCAGGACGGCCACGUGAUGACAGAUGCGAUAAACAUACAGGGUAAUGUAAAGUGUAUGCCAAAGAACAAUAUUGACUUUAACGCCCCCAGUAAUAUAAUUAGAAGACUGCAGAGGAAGAAUAUUAGUGCAUACCACAUGUCUGAGUUUAAGCACCCACACAGUGACAAGCACUCGAUGUACGAAAAUAACAGCUGCGAUGAUAGCAUGCCUGGUGGGGGGUGCACAAUUGGUAGGAGCGCAGUGGAUGUCAGUGCAAACGAUGCUAGCGUGAACGACGGCAGUGCUAACGACGACAGUGCUAACGACGACGGUGCUAACAAUCACAGUGCUAACAAUAACAGUGCUAACGACGACAGCACUAACGAUGCCAGCGUUAACGAUGACAGCUCCAGCCACGUCAGUGCCAAUGAUGUAAAUGCGGAUCGACGCAUAAGCGACUCGUGCAGUGGCGACAUGCCACAUGACGACGAGCUCAACAUGGACGAAAGGAAUAUUGAUAAACCAAACCUGUUCGAUGGAAACCUCCACGGGGAAAAUAUCUUCGAUGAAAAUAUUGGAUCCACGAACAUCGGUGACGUCAACCUUGAUGUGGACAAUAUGUAUAGUGACAAUAUGUAUAGUGAGAACGUGUGCGGAGGUGACCUCUACACUGAAGAACUAUACGGCGAUAACCUCUGCAAUGCAGACAUUCACAGCGGUAACAGUUACAGUGGUAACAUUUACCGUGAUAACAUGUGCAGUGGUAACAUGUGCAGUGAUAACAUGAACCACAGUGAUAACAGUGAUGACACAGACAACGAUGAUACCAGCUACGACGACAAUAAUAACAACACGACAAGCGACGUGCAGGAGGAGGAAGAAACGAUGCUUGUACAAGGGGAGAAUAUCUUGAUGCAGAAGGAGAGAGAAGAGGAGGAGGAGGCUCAGAAAAACGAAGUCCUCUCCAACCUUAACGCAGAGCAUGCAAAUUUUAAUCAAUUAAGGAUCGUCGAAAUGGACAACUGGGGAAGUAAUAUGAAUGGGGGAAAUAUUUAUGACGAUGAUGAUUUUUCCCAAGUGGAAGAAAUGGACGUUUCCGAAAAUGAAAGCGUCAACGAUGAGCAGUACAACGCUGUUGCUGAUAUGAUACAUCCCACAUUUGAUUACAACAUUGGCAAUUUUGAUUAUUCUGAUAGCAACGGCAACUGGGGGAACAAUGAAUUGGAUGAGUGUGGCACCAAAUUUGAGUACCAACUUGACGACAACUUCCAGGGGCCAAGGUUUGGGGAGGACGAGACAUGCCCCAGUAACGGCCUACCAAAGAUGUCGAAGAAAAUGGAAUGUUUCGACGAGUUUCAAAUAAUGAAUAGAGACAAAUAUGCCUUCAUUUUUAACUCAAAUGUGGAAGAUUAUUAUGAGACCGUUUCUAAUGCACCAAGUUAUGCGCACAGUCGUGGCGUUCUGAAUGACGGCACUGGUGGGAUUUAUAACGUGCCAGAUGAAUUAGACGCAGAAAUGAAGGAGGAAAAUUAUAUCAGUUUAAGGGACACACUUUGGGAAAAGAAAGGAAGCCACAUUUUUGACGAUCCAAUUGGAAGAAACCUUCACCAGAUGGAUGAGACGAAUAGCUCACUGUCAAUGGAUAUAAAAAAUUUAAGGCAGGGUGAUCUUAAAAAAUUGCUGUUCCAUAAGAUGUUGUACAGGAGCUGCUUGAAUGGGGAGGAGGAGGAAAACAGCGACGACGAUGAUGAUGAAAAUGACGAUGACGAAGAAGAAGAAAGUGAAGAUGAGGAAGAGAACCCCCCGCAGCAUCAACGGAUGCAGCAUGAGGAAGGCAAAUCAGAGAGUAGCAACACCCACGAAACGGAGGAAAAGGAUAAAGAUCCCGUGGGCCAAGAUUUAUACUACAAUGAUAUGAACACAAGUACAAGUGGAAAUGAAAGUGCAAAUCCAGAAGUGAGCGGAGGAAGCAAUGUGGACAAUAGUUCCUCAUCGUAUAUAUCCCUGAAUAUAAAUUUUUUCUGCCUCUUUGACGAUAUGUACGAUAAUUUUUUUAAAGAAGAUUUUCAGGAUCGGGAAAAAAUGCUGAAAAUACUCAACCUGAAUAAGAACCUCUGCUACAACCAACUGCUCAUGUUUUAUAAAAAAAAAAUAUUUUUCGAGUGCAAAAAUGAGAACAAUUCUAAUCUUUCAUUAGAUUGUUUACCUAUGUAUGACGGUUCCAGCCGUAGCUUAGAACAGGCCAAGGGGAGUAUCAGUAGUAGUAGCAGCAACAGCGAAUGUAACAUCCUCUAUGGAAUAAACAGUCCAGUGAUUAUCUGCUCAAAUGAUCAGAAGAAUAAUACCAUUAUAGUGGACGAUAGGAGUUCUUUUGAUGCCUCCCACAGUGAGGAUAGCCUUGUCCCAACCGUGCCGUAUAACGGGAUCGCCCAUAAAGGGGAUGCAGAUACCCACAUUCAGAUUAACACGGAGAACAAAGAAGUGAUUCAGAACUUUGCUGACCCGUACGAUCUGAGCAAGGAAGAAUAUGUAGACUCUCCCGCCCUUCGAAUUAAGGAAGAAAUGUUCUGCUUCAAAAAGGUAAUAAAGCAGUUGAGAGAAUUACAAAACAUAAUUAAUAACAAGCUUCAUGAGAAGAGUAAAAGUUACAUGGGUGAAGUAAAGGUUGAGGAUGAUAACCUCGGUUUAGGGGCAACAAGUCCCUUUAGAAAAAAGGAAGAACUAGACAACGAUGAGAAAAAGCGAACAAGGGGAAGCAUCCCCUUUGACGCUGCCACGAUCAACGAAAGUAAUUACAGUGGUGUGGUAAAAAAUGAGAUGAAGUUUGCAGAUGGAAUUGUGCAGAAAAAUGAAAGAGGGGAAGAAUACUACAUCACAGCAGGUUUUCCAAGUGAGAAGAACUUGGUUCCCAAAAAAAUAAAUGGCCCAAGGGAAGAACAGAACAUCAAAAAUGACGUGAAUUUUAAGGAUGACAGAGAAUGUAAGACCACUUUGAAAAAUAAAAUUAUCAAACCGAAACAGGAGAAAGUGAAGUGUGAUACCAAGGAGGAGCUUCACGAAAGCAAAAGGAAUGUUGACAUGUAUGAUGGAUAUGUCAGUGAAAAUUCGGUUGACAGCGACAAUGCGUAUGAGCUGGUAAAGUGUGUGUUAGAGUACGAUGUGGAGAACAGCAAAAGUGCUGACAUAAGUAGUGACCAACAGCGCAGUGGUGAUUACGCUGGUGGCAGUUUCCAGAUGAACACCCACGCACCUGGGGGCAACGCACCCAUAGAGUUUGAAAUAAGCGUGGACAGCUCCAUGGAGGAAAACGACGUUAUGUUUAAAUUUAUAUAUCACAAGAUUAACUGCAUACGGAACAAUAUGUGGUCGCAGAGCAUUGAUGAAUUGCAAAAUAAAGAAAUACAGGAGACGCUCCGAAAAUGUCGCAAAAAAGGGGGAACAACAUGCAGCUCCGAUGGCACGUACAGCGAUUACAAAAUGAUGAAGAAGGAAAAGGAACACUGCGGAGGGGAGAUGAUUCAAACAAUACCAGCACAAGCGCAGACGCAGAAGACAGAGAUGAACAGCAUCAAUGCCAACGAUAUAUACUACUUCAACAUUUACACAAAUCUAUGGGAAAACAUAGACCUGAAUGUGAGUAACAAAUUGUUGGAAUUGCGCCAGAUGAAAAAGAGAAGAAUUAAUAAAUAUUAUAAAAAUAAUGCCUACGAAAACACCAAAUUUAUAACCUUCACAGAAUGGAGCCUGUACAAUUUAAUCAUUUCGAAAAUUUACAGAAGCUUCGACGCGAAGAAAUUCGAACAGUACCAACUGAAGUUUUACAACAUGGGCAAAUUCCAAUACGAGCUUAAAAAAAGAGGUACCUACAAUUUUGGUAUAAAAAUUAUUGGAGAUUCUAAUGGCAAAUGUGGUGGUGUUGGUGGACCCCCUACAAGUGCCAAAGGCAAAGGGCACAGGAUCGAUGAAAAACGUAAUAAUAGGAAGAGGCGAACUUCGAAAUUUUCUGAUGAUGAUUCAGACCUUAACUAUGAUGACGAUGAUUAUGAAGAGGAAGACGAUGACGAAAGUGACGACUCGGACGAAGACUACGAGGAAGGUUCAGAUGAUGAGGAGGAAGAAGAGCUAAUGAAUGACGAAGAGGGACAAAAGAAGCAAGACUACAAAGAAUUGGAGACGGAAGAGCACGACUCGAAUGACUUUGUAUUUAUUAAUAGGGGCACAGUAAGAUCGCGAAACGCUAAGGAUGCCAAAACGGGCGGUAAUUCAACCAAAAAGGAUGGCGAAAAAAACUUCCCAAUGGGAGCAAAAAAUUCGCGAAGUAGCAAUGGAAAUAGUCACAACAGCGGGAGUAGAACCUUCUGCAAAAACAAGAGCAAGAACGGAAAUAGAUUAUGUGUUAGCAACAAGGAUUAUCGAAUGUAUAAUAAUAGUGCCGACCGGAAGAGUGCAAAAGAACUGAGGGAAGACAAAAUUACGAUAGAUACGAAAGAUGAAAUGGUGUGGAAUAAGAAAAUGAAAAAUUCCUUCUCCAGGAGUAAAGCAAAACAACCCCUGGAGGAGGAGGAAGAAAAUAGCAAUAGGAGAAGCACAGGCAUGUCUUUGAGAAGGAAGAAGAGAAACAGCGUGUUAAGCGGCAACUCAACAGAAAACAGUUUGAUUAAGGCCAAUAAGAGAAAAAACAAAAAGUUGAAAGUUAGCGCAAAGGUGGAUAAGUACGGUGAAAAGGUGAUCGACCCGGGAGCCACUCGUCUUAGAAGUGGUCGAAUCAGUAAAGGCGUCGCCCGUAGGGGAAGUAACAAUGGACACACCCGAAACAGGAAAGUACAAGUAUUCAAAAAGAGGGUAAGUCGCAGAAGGAACUUCAACCCCUUGGUAGAUAGGAAACCGAAUGUAUACUACCAGAUACAGCUCCCAGAUUAUGCAAGCCACAAGGAAUUGAUAAAAAGCAGGAACGACUGCCUACCCACGUAUAUACUCCAGUACGAACAAUUAAAGAAAAACGAAUGCAUCUUCUUUAACAUACAAAACCAUUACAACAGUUUUAUUAACAACGUGUACCAUUUUGCUAUUAGCUAUGAGCAAUCUUUGAAGCACAACGAGUAUUUGAAUAACACACUGAAUAAUGUGAAGGCCAGGUUACACAUUAAAAGGUUGUGCCUUAAAAAGAAGGUUACCCUGAAGGAUAAUCCAUUCGAAGUGUGCAACACCUAUUUUAACGACAUGUACACAUACGACUCGGUGAACAACACGUAUGUUCUGUCUAAGACCAAAAAUAUGAGAAUGAAAAAACUAGAGAAGACAAUAAACAAUCAAGACUACUACAGCAUGUAUGUGAACGAUUACAUUGAGAAUGAAUUGCUGAACAAGCGGAAGAGGAACAAAAAGAAGUGCUCGGAAAAUGUGCUGUGCGAUGGGGAUACCACGGCGGUGAAGAAGUUGGCGCUUUUGCGUCACCAGACAGAAGGAUACGCGGGGGGAAACGGUUCCCAACAGGCGGGCGCGUACGAAGAGGUCAUUGCAUAUGACGUGGCCAACCAAUACGAGCUGGUUAACCCGUAUGGAAGUUCAUUCCAGAACGGGAAUGAAAUAGACAAUCAAAGGGAAAUCGCUCGAAAUGACCACAUGGAGGGAGGACGAACUAGCCACGAGGAUAGUGUGUAUGUGGCGCGCAAUACAUACCAUAUGCAGAAUGUGCGGUCCAAUGAGAACAACAAUGGCGAUGGAAGAAACGACAACAAAGAUAACGUGGAUUGUAUGGGCAAAGACCAUAUUAACCGGAAAAAAUUCAUAAACUGCAUAAAUCGCGUACCACAGAUAGACGGCGGGAGCACUGGCCACAUCCACGGAGAGGCAGAGCUGGCCCGCGGCGACCUCGAACUGUGCAGCCAGCUGAAGUACCUGAACUACUUUGUUGACAAUGUGGAAGACGAUCAUGCGUGCAACAAUGGUACAUGCAAAAAUGUCAUGUCCUUUAGCAAAAGAACGAUCGAAGAGGAAUUAGCUGACGUGGACCACGAACCGGAGCAGGAGAACCAACACGAGCAGGACGUGCACUUGGGGGAAACAAGCACCUUUAAGCCAAAACAAAACAGGGCUUUUCCACCCGAAGAAUUAAGCACAUACACCAAUGAUUUCGACGACGAAAAUGAUAAAACCCAUUUUAAUAAAACGAACGGACAUUUCUUUAACUAUUACGAGGAGAAGGAUCAUAGCAAUAAUAACAAUAAGAAUAAUAAUGACAAUAAUAAUGACAAUCACAGUGACAGUGACGAUAGAGGCAGUUUUUUCCAGGAGCAAGAAAAUGGAAAAAACAAAAAUCACAGCGAGAAUAACAAGGAGUUUUAUUUUAAUAGCAGCGUAAACCACGAUGACAUAAUACAGUAUAUUGAUAUACAGUAG